ACUUGCCUCUCCUCGCUUUCAGUCUCGCUGUCUGUGACGCGUGGUCCAUCCACGGCAACGGAGCCGAAUCUGGCCGACCAACGAUGCCGCCCCGCUCGCGGGCCGUCCUCGCCUACGAGGAGGCUGCGCCCGCGCCUGGCGGCUCCCGCGCCGCGCCGGCUCCUCGGCUGGCCUUCGACGCGGUGGCGCGGCUGCCCGAGCCGCACGACAACUGCGCCAUCGCGAGGCAGGACCUGCCGCGAGGCACGGCGCUGACGCAGCUUCCGAGCGGCGGCUCGGAGCUCACGCUCUCGGUCGCGGUGCUGGAGGGCCACCGCUUUGCGCUCGUCCCGAUCGCGGCCGGAGCGCUGCUCCUCUCGUGGGGCGAGCCGUUUGGCAAGGCGCUCGCGCCCAUUGCGCCGGGCGAGUGGGUGCGGAACGCCAAGGCCCUCCACGAGUUGCGCCGGCGCGCGGUGGACUCGGCGCACGGCGCGCACGCCAACUUUGUCGACUUUACCAAGCAGCCGACGCUGACGCGCGACGGGUUCGCGCCGGGCGUGCGGCGCCCGCUCCGCCCGCAGCUCGCGCCCGGCUUUGACGGCUUCGUGAGGUCGGCGGGGCGAGGCGUGGGCACGCGCAACUACCUGGUGCUGCUGUGCGCCACCUCGCGCGCCAACGCCGCCGCGCGCGCGCUCGAGCGCCGGCUCAAGUCGGAGCCGAGGACGGACGGCUUCGACGGCGUCGUGGCGCUGCCACACACCGAGGACGGCGCCGUCGGGCCGGGCCGAGAGGCAAACAACCGAGGUCUGCUCCUCCGCACGCUGCUCGGGUGGAUGCUCCACCCAAACGCCGGCGCGUGCGUCGUGCUGCAGACGGCGGCCGACGAGGCGGUGGCAGGGGGCAUCAGCUACGACACGCUGCGAGCGCACGCCCUCAAGGCAGGCCGGGGGGCGCAGCUCGAGGCGCUGCCGCACGCGGUCCACACGCUCCCGCUCCGCGACUUCGAGGGCGAGCUGCAGGCGGCCGAGGCGGCGGCGAGGGCGCUGCUGCCCGAGGUGGCCACCUGCGCGCGCGUCCGCUGCCCGCCGUCGGCGCUGCAGGUUGCGCAGCAGUGCGGCGGCUCGGAUGCCUUCAGCGGGACCGACGCGAACCCGCUCGUGGGCGAGGCGUGCAGGCGGCUCAUCGAGGCGGGCGGCACGGCGCUGCUCGCCGAGACGGACGAGCUGAUCGGCGCGGAGCAGUACAUUCUGCAGAACGUCAAGGACUUCGCCACCGCCGACAAGUUCCUAACCUUUGUGUCGCGCUUCCAGCGGCACGCGGCGGCGCACGACUGCUCGGCGGAGGGCAACCCGUCGGGCGGCAACCUGUACCGCGGGCUCUUGCCCGCAGGCGCAGCGAUGAAGCGACACCCCGCGGUGCGGCUCGAGCACGUCCUCGAGUACGCGGAGCCGCUGCCGCCGCCGCAGCCAGUGCCCGACGCGGAGGUUGAGGGCGGCGAGGUCGAGGGCGGCGGCGGCGGCGGCCACGCGCGGGGCGCGGGCUACUGCUUCAUGGACUCGCCGGGCAACGACUUGGAGUCGAUCGCGGGGCAGGUUGCGUCGGGCUGCAACCUCAUCUACUUUACGACGGGCAACGGCUCGAUCACAAACUUCCCCUUCGUGCCCACGAUCAAGGUCGUGUCGACGUCGCAGCGGUACGAGCUCAUGGCGAACGACAUGGACGUCGACGCCGGCGCGCAAGGGACGCGCGCGCAGCUCGGCGAGCGGCUGCUGCAGCUGACCCUCGAGGUGGCGAGCGGCGCGCGCACCAAGGGCGAGAGCAGCGGCCAUCACCAAGUCCAGGUCUGGCGGGACUGGGCGCACCACCCCCUCGCCGAGGGCGACGAGCGCAUCGGCCGCGAUGGCGCGACCGAGCUCGCAAAGAGGGCGGAGGCGACGCGCCAGGCGGCGGCCGACGGGGCGGCCAGCAGCGAGCGCGAGGCCACGGCCGACGACGCGGCACCGGCGGCGGCGGCGGCGGCGGCUGCGGCGGCGAGGCGCGGCCUCCGACUCGCGGAGGCGCCCGCCUCGGUGCAGGCCCUCGCUCCAACCUACCUGGCGCUGCCCGCGGCGGCGGGGGGCCAAGCGGCGGCGGGGGGCCAGGCCACGACCGAGCACGUGGCGCUCGUCCUGCCCACGUCGCUCUGCUCUUCGGAGGUUGCGCGCAGCCUCGCCGCCGACCUCUCCGCCAGGUCCACGCUGCGCGUGGUCUCGCUGCCGCACACGGAGGGCUGCGGCGUGAGCGACGAGCGGCCCGCGGCGCGCACGCUCCUCGGCCACCUGGCGAGCCCGCUGGUGAGGCACGCGCUGCUGCUCGAGCACGGCUGCGAGAAGACGCACAACGACUACUUUGCGGAGCAGCUCGGCGCGCUGCACCUCGGCGGCUCGGAGCAGUACGGCUGGGCCAGCCUGCAGAAGGACGGCGGCGUCGGCGCGGUCAAGACCAAGGUGCAGGCGUGGUUUGAGCGGCAGGUGGCGGGCGCGCCGCCGCCGCCGCCGCGCGCCGCCGCGCCGCUCUCGCAGCUGCGCCUCGGGCUGCUUGCGGGCCACCCGGGCGACGCCGACGGCGCUCCGCUGCCCGAGGCGCUCUCCGUCUGCUUUGGGCAGCUCGUGCACUUGCUCGCGCGGGGCGGCGGGCAGGCGGUGCUGCCGGAGGGCAGCCCGCUGCUCCGCGACGCAACGUUUCUCGAGACGACCCUCGCGUGGGGCGAGAGGCCGCGGGCGACGACGCGGUACGGCGAGCGGUGCGUCGGGCCCGGGCUGCACGUGAUGGAGGCGCACGACGCGAGUGGCAAGCGGCCGAUGAGUUGGGUCGAGACGACGGUGGGCCUCUGCGGCGCCGGACUGCACGCGGUCGUGGCGUGGCGGCCCGCCGUGUGCGGCGCCGUCACGGGCCACCCGAUGGUGCCGGUGCUCUCGGUGCAGCUCGACGACGCCGGCGUGGCGGCCGACGUGCUGCUGCCGGCGGCGCGGCCGCACGAGUGGCUGCAGGUGCUGCUUGGCCAGCUGGCGGCCGUCGCCGGCGGCGAGCUCACCCCGAUCGCGCUGCGCUCCGGCAACGUCGACUUUCAGAUCCCGCGCGGUGGCGCGGUGUCGCUGUGA